CAUUGCUCCGCUUUGCGGCGGGGGUCGGGGCUGCUGCGCGUCCGGCUGGCCGGGCUGGCUGGCAGCGGGGGCGGCUGCUGCGCGGGCGAGCAGGAGGGCAGGGUCUGCUUGGACGUUACUCCUCACGGGCUGCCCUGCAUGGUCACCAUGGAGAACGAGCAGAUCCCGGCUCCGCCGCCACUCAGCAACCCAGGGGCCACGAAUACCACCGCCACCACGGCCCCCAGCAGCAGCAGCAGCAGUGGCCGCCAGACGGGGGCCCCCAUCUCCGUCUACAGUGGGAUCCCCGACCGCCAGACCGUCCAGGUGAUCCAGCAAGCUCUGCACCGACAACCGAACACGGCCGCACAGUACCUGCAGCAGAUGUACGCUGCCCAGCAACAGCAUCUGAUGCUGCAAACGGCCGCCCUCCAGCAGCAGCACCUGGGGAGCAGCCAGCUGCAAAGUCUGGCCGCCAUCCAACAGGCCAGCUUGGCAGCCAAUCGGCAGGGCGUCUCCCCCUCCUCCAACGGGGCCACGCAGACCCCCCCGCAGCAGCCCACGAUCAACUUGGCCACCUCCCCUGCGGCGGCCCAGCUCAUCAACCGGGCGCAGAGUGCGAAUUCUGCGGCCGCCACCGCCUCGGGCAUCGCCCAGCAAGCUGUGCUUUUGGGCAACAGCAGCAACCCGACCCUGAGUGCCAGCCAGGCACAAAUGUAUCUCCGGGCACAGAUGGCCCAGCAGACAAGUUUAAUGCAAGUAGCUAGGAGCCUAGGCCGUGCUGUUCCUUUGUCCCCCCAGCUCAUCUUCACCCCCACCGUCGCCGCCGUCCAGCCCGAGGGGACCAGCAGCAGCAGCAUGCAGCCCCCCACCACCACCGCACCUCAGGUGCAGAAUUCGGCCCUCCGGACGCAGCAAGCCGUUAGCCAGGCGCUGAGCUCCAGCGCGGGUCAGCCGCCAUCGCCUGCCGUGGCUAUCAAACCCGCUCUGAAUAACGGCAGCCAUUCCUCCUCGGCCUCCCCUUUCUCGGCCUCCUCUACCUCCCCUGCGGCUCAGGCGAAGGGCGCCAAGGAAGGCGGACACGAGCUCCUCUCCGAGCACCUGAGGAAAGGUGAAGGGGGAGGGGCAGGCGGCAGCAGCAACGGGACAGUGGCCGCCUUGGACGGACGAGGCAGCGCCCCCAACCGGACAGGCCCUCCCGCCACCACUCACGCCCUGAUUGCCCCAGCUUAUUCCCCAGCCCAGACUCAGCCGCAACCACAGCAGACAAAGCCCCUCCCACACCAGUUUGUAAUCCAGCAGCAACUCCAGCCCAAACCCCCCCACCUGCAAGCCUUCAACACCCCUGCCCCCAGCCUCAACGCCCCCUCAGCCCACCUGCCAUCUUGCCAGUCUCCCACCCAGCACAGGCCGAAUUCCAGCCACACGUCCCCACACCUGCCCGGCCCUCCUGCCCUGGGGCUGCAGCGGACAGACGGACGUCCCGCCGGGUGUCCGAACCACACAGCUCAGCCCAAGUUCCAACACACGUCUGCAGUCAUUCUCCAGCUACAGCCGCCCGUUGGGACGCUGCCCCUGAGCGUCCAGGAGGGUCCCCGGAAAGACCCGGCUCUCCUCUCCCCCGAAGCUGCCUGCACGUCUCUCUCGGCCCCUCCCAAACCACCACCUUCCGAGGGUACCGGACCCCCACCGCACGAGGCCACCCCCGGCAGCGUUCGCACGCCCCCAGACCCCAGCAGCCCCGGCAUGACAUCAGGAAACGGCAGUGCUGCCUCCACCGUUCCCAGCGCCGUGCCCCAAAACGGGGAGAACAAGCUGCCCCCCCAAGCCAUCGUGAAGCCCCAAAUCUUGACUCAUCUGAUCGAGGGAUUCGUCAUCCAGGAAGGGGCUGAACCGUUCCCGGUGGGUCGUUCCUCACUGCUGGUGGGGAACCUGAAGAAGAAGUAUGCGCAGGCUAUCCUGGCAGAGAAGCCCCAGCUGCAAGAGACCACCACCGACUCCGAGAUGGAAGACCCCUACCUGCAAGAAUCCAAAGACGAGGAGGCAUCUCCCCCAAAGUUGAAAUGCGAGCUUUGCGGCCGCCUCGACUUUGCCUACAAAUUCAAGCGUUCGAAGCGUUUCUGUUCCAUGGCGUGUGCGAAGAGGUAUAAUGUGGGUUGCACCAAGCGAGUGGGACUCUUCCAUCCGGACCGCAGCAAGCUGCAGAAACCGAACACGCCUGCGCACUGCCGACGCCGACCCUGCAAGGGAGCCCUUCCCCCGCUCACUAAAGAAAGCAAAAAAACGGUGCCGGCCUCCUUGCCCCCCAGUUCUGCGCCCAUGGCGGUACCCAGCUCUCUCCAGCUCAGCCACGGACAAGAGGACUCCAGCCGCUGCUCGGACAACUCCAGCUACGAAGAGCCUCUCUCCCCCAUCUCGGCCAGCUCGUCUGCCUCCCGGCGGCGGCAGGGUGAGCGAGACAUGGAACUGCCGGAUGUCCACCUGCGGGAUCUGGUGGGCAUGGAACGCCACUUCCUGCCGAGCGAGCCCACCAAGUGGAAUGUGGAGGACGUGUAUGAAUUCAUCCACUCCCUACCUGGCUGUCAGGAGAUCGCCGACGAGUUCCGCACCCAGGAGAUCGAUGGCCAGGCGCUGCUGCUGCUGAAGGAAGACCACCUCAUGAGCGCCAUGAACAUCAAAUUAGGGCCCGCCCUGAAGAUUUACGCCCGCAUCUGCAUGUUGAAAGACUCUUAGGAGCCGGGGCUGGUGCUGGGCCACGGUGGACAGACGCUGAUCAGCUUGGGGAAGGGAGGGGAGAGCUCAGGUGGAUUAGGCCAUUGGGCCAGUAUUCCCUCUUCUCACCAGGUAACUUGAGCACAAAGAUCCCCCGCUGAUGGGAGGGAUGGGGAGGAGACAGACCCUCCCCCGUCUUGGUGACCCGAUGCCCUGAGGGCAGGGCCGUGGGGCCGUGUACAUACAAUGACGACGACGACUAAACGUAGCAGUCCGUAGCUUCCCCACCUGCUCCUCUCCCUGCCACAUGAGGGGAGGAAAGUGGUACCCUUUGGACAGAGGAGAAGGGAGGGGGCCACCAGGCCGUCUUCGGCCUCAGUCCCCCCACCCCCUUUGCAUUGGACAAAGCCUCUCGGGAACCUCAAAGCCAAACAGGACCGUUGCCUUAAACUUUUGUGUAGCUAAGUGUGUGUGUGUGUGUGUGUGAGAUAUUGGUGCCACAUAGUGCACUUUCCCAUCUCUCUGGCCCCACCCAGCCCCCUGCGGCUCUUUCGGGCUCAUCGGGGCCCGUGCCGCCCUUCCUAGGCAGAAACGGCACCUCGGCAGAAAUCCGGACAAAGCUCCCUUCCUCGUUGGUCUGCAUCCUUUCUUUCUGCCGUCCAUCCUUUUUUUGCCCCACCUCUUUUUUUGAAAUGGGGAGUGGCCAGGUUGGAGCCACAAACAUGGCCUGGCCUGGGUUCUCCCCCUCCCCUUCCAAAAAUCUGCUUGGGAGGCGAUUCCACGGAUCUGAGACCAGUUUCCCAGCUGCCUUAAGGAACUUUUUGCAUUUGUUACAAGCAUCAAUUCAUUCACACACCCCCAAUUUGGAAAAAACCCACCAAGGGAGAGCAGGAGGGGCUGGUUUUCUCUCUGGAAGAUGGGGCAGGCCUCGAGGGGUGGGCUUGCCUUGGGCAAUCAGGGACGGAUAAGGGAGGCAAGUGGGAGUGCAGCUGAGCUGUGUCCCUCUGUGGUCGCCAGUUUGCAACGCCUCAUUUUUCCCGUGUGCUGGACACUCAUCAAAGCCUUCCGGGCUGCAAGAAAAGGACUUUCUAUCGUUUCUUCCAACACCUGGUUUUUAAUAAACGUCUU